AUGGGAGCUAGUGGAGAGGAGAAGGAGGAGGAGAAAGGCGGCAAAUCUGAGGAGCGGAAGGCUGGGUUCUUCUUCUUCGUGAACGAAGGCGCAACCGACCUCGCUAUGGCUGCCAAGCCCGCAACCAUCUCUACAUUCACGUCCACGACGGACGCCAAGGCCAAGGUCAUGGGCAUGGGGUGCGCCAUGCUGCACCUUGAUGAACUCCAUGGGUCAGAGCUGACCAGUGACCACAGUGGCGGUGGUGAGCAGCAAGUUUCUGGUCUUGCUGGAGAGGAGGGGUUGGAGGAUGAGUCGGCACGUGUGGACUCACCAACUCAGCCCGAGCCUGCUGCAAACGCGAAGGUCACCAAGAGGAGUGUGCAGAGAGGAGCUUCACCACAUGGGCAGCAGACUGCAACCCGCGAGAAGAGAGUGGCAGCAGCACCCUGA